GGGGAGAUGCUGGAUUCGGGAGAAGGUCCGCCAUUAUUGGGAAGCUGAAAAAAAUAGACUUAUACACACUCACACACAUUUAGCCUGUAAGGGGCUAAAUCUCAGAUAGAAAAAUACAACGGUUUCGGACGAGCUCUUGUUCUCUGAAAAGCGGCGCUUUGAAAAAAUGAAUGCAAAGCUUAAGAUCGCGUUUCAUACGGACUCUUUUUAUUUUUGACACAACAAAGGAAAUAAUAAUUGGUCAAAACAACGUGGUGGUUGAAGCAAGAAGGAAAAAACACACCGAAACAGCGCUUUUACAACGCCUCCCCCUUUCCUCCUCGUUUCCAGCCGGGGUGAAAAGACUGGAGUUUGAACAGCAUUUUUUUGUUUUUCCUGACGAGAAUUUAGUUGCUUUUUCUCCUCUUCACAGACACACAGAGAUAUGCAUCUCGUUGUGAAAACUUCAGACUGAUGGAAACGAGCACUUAAUGUAGGAAGCAAUGGACAUAUAGGCUGUUUAUUUAAAACGAAGGACGAUAAUCGACGUCAGGGCUGUAGGGAAGUGUUUUUGUCUGUUUUUUAAAGUCUUUCACCGGUUGUGAGUCGCAGAGAGAGAAAGAAAGGAGUGGACGAGAGCUGGAGAGGAAUGCUAUGGACCAGACCACAUCCCAGUGAACUCCUGUUGCAUGGGAAACCUCCUUCCUUGGCUGCCUUCUCCUCUCCCUAGAGCUAGCAACAGCAUGGCAGGAUGAGCCUCUGCCAGCUAUAAUGAUGGCCAAAAAGCAAGAUGUCCGGGCACCCACAUACAACCUGGUCGUGGUUGGGCUGUCCGGCACGGAGAAGGAGAAAGGCCAAUGCGGUGUGGGCAAGUCUUGCCUAUGUAACCGUUUUGUCCGGCCAAGUGCAGAUGACUUCCACCUAGACCACACCUCUGUUCUUAGCACCAGUGACUUUGGAGGCCGUGUUGUGAACAAUGACCACUUCCUUUUCUGGGGAGAGGCUGGGCGGAUGCUGGAGGAGGGCCCUGAAUGCAGAAUGAAUGUUGUGGAGCAGACAGAAUUCAUUGAUGAUCAGACGUUCCAGCCCCACCGAAGCACGGCGCUCCAACCAUACAUCAAGAGGGCAGCAUCCACCAAGCUGGCUUCAGCUGAGAAACUGAUGUACUUUUGCACAGAUCAGCUGGGGCUAGAGCAAGACUUUGAGCAGAAACAGAUGCCUGAAGGCAAAAUUAUGGUGGAUGGCUUCUUACUCUGUGUGGAUGUUAGCAGGGGUAUGAACCGUAGCUUUGAAGACCAGAUGAAGUUUGUUACCAACCUGUACAACCAGCUAGCCAAAACGAAGAAACCUGUGGUACUGGCUCUCACCAAAUGCGAUGAAGGAGUUGAGCGUUAUAUUAAAGACUCACACACCUUUGCCUUGGCAAAGAAAAACCUACAGGUGGUAGAAACAUCAGCACGCUCUAAUGUCAAUGUUGAAUUGGCCUUUCUAACACUGGUUCAGCUAAUAGACAAAAGUAGGGGAAAGCCCAAAAUUAUCCCUUACUUCGAGGCACUAAAACAGCAGAGUCAACAGAUUGCCUCUGCCAAAGACCGCUAUGAGUGGCUGGUCAACCGUAUUGUGAAGAACCACAAUGAGACAUGGUUAGCAGUCAGUCGCCGCAUGCAGUCUGCCCCUGAGUACAAGGACUAUGUUUUCCUUGAGGGGACAGCUAAAGCCAAGAAGCUCUUCCAGCAGCAUGUGCAUAGACUUAAACAAGACCAUAUAGAGAAACGUAGAAAGGCCUAUCUAAGUACUCUACCACAGGCCCUCUCUGUACUGUUACCAGAAUUGGAUGAGAUAGACCACUUGAGCUGGUCUGGAGUUCAGAAAGUCUUGGAGACAAAGAGAGAUUUCACCCAAUGGUUUGUAGUGCUAGACGACACCCCUUGGGAGACCACACCACACAUUGACAACAUGGACGAUGAUCGGAUCCCGCAGGACCUCCUGGAGACCCCCAUAGCUGAAGCCAGCUAUGAAACCCACCUGGAACAUCUAAGGAAUGAACGCAAACGGGCAGAGAUGAGAUGGGAGUUCAAGGAGAAGCUAAGUGUCUCUCCUUUUAUCACACCUGGGAAACCCUGGGAGGAGGCCCGAAGCUUCAUCAUGAAUGAAGACUUUUAUCAGUGGCUUGAUGAGGCUGAAUAUCUGGAUAUUUACAACAAACACCAGAAGGAAAUCAUUGACAGAGCAAAAGAGGACUUUCAGGAACUGCUCCUUGAAUACUCUGAGCUCUUUUAUGAGCUGGAAGUGGAUGCAAAGCCAAGUAAAGAGAAAAUGGGAGCCAUUCAGGAGGUGUUGGGUGAGGAGCAAAGGUUUAAAGCCCUGCAGAAGCUACAGGCAGAAAGGGAUGCUCUGGUAUUGAAACAUAUCCACUUUGUCUACCACCCCACAAAGGACACCUGUCCCAACAGCCCCCACUGUGUGGACAGUAAGAUAGAGCAGAUACUGGCCUCCAGAUUCCCUACCCGCUACCCAUCAUCAGAAAGUACAAGACUGGAUUUGGGGAGGGCUGAACGGAUAAAUCUUGUCAUCCUAGGGAAAGAUGGGCUAGCCAGAGAGAUGGCAAAUGAGAUAAGGGCCAUGUGCACCAGUGAAGACCGUUACGUGUUGGAUGGCAAGAUUUAUGAGUUAGCUCUCCGUCCCAUAGAGGGCAAUGUACGUCUGCCUGUCAAUUCAUUCCACACGGCAACCUUUACACCACAUGGCUGCCUGUGUUUGUACAACUCAAAAGAAUCCCUCUCUUAUGUUGUUGAGAGUUUAGAGAGGCUUAGGGAGUCAACUAUAAGCAGAAGGGAAAGGGAAAAAAGCUUAGCCCAACUGCCACUGUCCCUCCUUCUGGUCACCAAGCGGGGGGUUGGGUCAAUUGGGGAUAUUGGGGGGGAGACAGCUCAGACUCUUAUCCAACAAGGGCAGCAGGUGGCUGGAAAGCUGCACUGUUCCUACCUCGACCCUGCCUCUCCAGGCAUGAGCUACGGUCGUAAUGUCAAUGAGAGGCAGAUCAACCAGAUGCUGAAGGGCCUCUUGGAAUCAAGGAGAAGCAUAAGGAGCAGCUCCCCUCCCUUACCCCCUUCAUCCUCUGCAUUCAGAGACUCCCAGUCUCAGCCAAUGCUAGAGGCAGACCUGAGGAUAGUCAUGUGCUUGAUGUGUGGAGACACUUACGACAUAGACCAACUCCUUGCUCCAUUCCUUUUGCCCCAGCAUUGUCGUCCUGCUGCCAGCCUAAGCAGUGGCACAUCUGUUUUGCUGGAACUCAGUAUAGGAGGUCAGAGGCUGAACAUUGAGCUGUCACUGCUCUCUUUUCAUUCCUCCUUCUCACUCCGCAAAACCAAGCUAGUCCACGGCUACAUUGCAGUUUACUCAGCUCGCCGCAAGGCCUCUAUGGAGACAUUAUGUGCUUUCCUGUGUGAGGUCCAAGACAUCAUUCCAGUCCAGUUGCUAGCAGUAGGGGAGAGCCAAAUGGAGCUGUCGGACUCGGAGUCAGCUAAGGAGCAGGUCAGUCAGGGAGAGGAUCUGGCCCAUGAAUUAGAGGCCAGGUUUAACACAGUAAUAUGUGGACAUGGUGGGGUAGUAGGGGGGCUUCAUAAGAUAGACCUUUUCCAAAGCUUUCUUAAAGAGGCUGUAGAGAAGCGCACUAUUGUUGAAGCCACACACAUGUAUGAUAAUGUGGCUGAAGCAUGUACCAAUGAGAGCAUCAGUCCGCGUUGUGGCUCUCCCAGUCCAGUUAACAUUCUUAUGGACUCAGAGGACGAUAUCGACCCAUCACCACCUUACCCUACCCUGAGGGAGGAUGGCAGUCUCAGUUCCCACCUGGGAAGUUUCAAGCUACCUGAUCUGGACUCAAGUGAUACCUUCUCUGUCAUUUCUGAGCUAAGCACAUUUGAGAGCAACCUGAACAACAAGGUUCCUCCACAAGUGAAGCCCAAGCCUGUCCGAAAGGUUAACCUUGGCCCCUACAUGGACCAGCAGGGUGGCACCAACCGCCGCUCCUUGCCACAAGCUGUCACCUGGGCUCCAGGUAGCGAUGGUGGCUAUGACCCCUCAGACUACGCAGAGCCCAUGGAUGCUGUGAGCAAACCACGGCCUUCAGAAGAGGAGACAAUUUACUCUGUCCCUCAUGACAGCACACAGGGCAAGAUUAUCACCAUCCGCAACUCCAACAAAGGCCACUCCAACGGCAGUGCUGGGGGGAAUGGGUCCGACAGCGAGGCUGAUAGCAGCUCCCUGGAGCGCAGGAGAAAGUUGUCCGCCAUCGGGGUAAAGCCAAAGCUUUACAGAGACCGAUCCAAACGGCUUGGCAAGUUUAGCAGCUUUAGGACAAGCUUCUCUAUAGGCAGUGAUGAUGAGAUGGGGGGUCCACCCAAGGCAAGCCAAGAUGAAGUAGGAGCCCAAAAGGAAAACUCGAUUGAGGAGAUUGAGGACCCCAAAAGGAGAAACAUUCUGAAGAGCCUGCGCAGAAAUACAAAGAAACCACGAGCUAAACCCAGGCAUUCCAUCUCAAAACCCGAGAGCAACUACUUUGGUUUGCCUCUGGUCAACGUCCUUUCUCCUGAGAGGCCAAUCCCAGUCUUCAUUGAGAAGUGCAUCCGUUUUAUUGAAACAACUGGUCUGACAACAGAGGGCAUCUACAGGGUCAGCGGAAACAAGGCAGAGAUGGAGGGCAUGCAGCGGCAAUUUGAGCAAGACCACAACCUGGACCUGGUGGAGAAAGACUUUACCAUAAACACAGUAGCCGGAGCCAUGAAGGCCUUCUUCUCUGAGCUACCCGAGCCUCUGGUGCCCUACAGCAUGCAGGGGGAGCUGGUGGAUGCCUACAAGAUCAACGAUAGGGAGCUGCGCUUCCAGACGAUGAAGGACAUUCUGCGCCGCUUCCCCAAGGAGAAUUACGAGGUCUUCAAAUAUGUCGCCAGCCAUUUGAACAAGGUGAGCCAGAACAACAAGUCAAACCUAAUGACCAGUGAGAACCUGUCCAUCUGUUUCUGGCCCACGCUGAUGAGACCAGACUUCACCACCAUGGACGCCCUGACUGCCACCCGAACCUACCAGACAAUCAUCGAGAGCUUCAUCCAGCAGUGUGCAUACUUCUUCUACAAUCAGCCACUGGCCGACGGCCUCCCGGGCUCCCCCACUUCUACGCUGUCCUCCGGAGGAACAUCGGCCUACUCCUGCAUGGCAGGGGGCUACUCAUCUACGCCGACUCCGCCCCCGACUCCCUACGUCCUCCCAGCCACCCCUCCUGUCAUUCCCCACUACGGCCCUCCUAUCCACCACCACCACCACCAUCACCUUCACCACCACCACCAACAUCAGUCCCCACCCCACUCCCCGCCUGCUACUCCUCAGUCCCCGAUCCCUGCCCUGCUGCCGCCAUCCCUGCACCCCCAUCACCCCCCUACGGAACAACACACGCUGUGAACCAGGGAUCAAGGGAAAGAGGGAAAAAAACGAAGAAGACGGAUAACUAGAUUCAGAGAGAUUUAAGGGUUUAGAAUUUGAGAUUUUGAAGUUUGGGAAGGAUUUAAGAAGAUAAAUUGAAAUGAGAACAGGAGGAAAGGAAGACAAGUUGGGAGAUUUUGAUUGAGAUGCAGUAUGUACAGGGAGAAACCUACAUGUUUGGGAGAAUAAGGGGGCAUUUGAGCCUCUGAUGCUGUUAGAAAAAUGGACACACACACAAGGCAGAAAAAGGGGAACGCUGAAGAGCCUCUGAACUGGCAGUAUGUUCUUUCUCCCUACUUGCCACUUUAUCCCUUUGUCCCUCAGUCUCACUUCAUCCAGACCUGCCCUCCUUGCCUUAUAGAGAACCUACACACAAACACACUAGUGAGUGAGAUGUUGCCAAUAACUGUUAAAGGGACUCAGGGAGGGACUCGGAAGUAAAGUGAAAAGGGGAACGUGAACUUUGUUAUGUUGGGAUUGCUUCACCACACACACACACACACACACACACACACACACACACACAAACAGACAUAAACUUGACACAAACACCCAGUGGCCAGUGUGCCUCUGAAAACCAUUCCCUCAACCCCUUAGCCUCUAACUGUGACGGUAAUUUUGGUGCCCGGUGCACAUUUUUGCAAUCCGACACACCUACUGACCCACCUGGAAGUCUGUGUACGGGACAAAGUGAAGCAGAGAACGAGUCCUGAAUACAUGUUUGUUUAUUUUCGCCACUGUACAGAGGAACACGUGUUGCUAGUCACCCAACAGGAUCUUCUGUCCUUUGCAACACACACAUUCCUAUCUAUCAACCCCUCACACAGCCACACGCACAGACAAAAUCAGUUUCAGUUGAGGCAGUAUGCCAAAUACAAAAAAAAAAUUCCAACCGACCAGAUCUACUACAAAAGUAAAUAGGAGCAAAGGAUUAUGGGAACUCUCACACCCUUUGCAUUCUGGGAAGGCUCCUCCCAUCCUUCUGAUUGCGUUCUCUCGGGUUGAACGUAAACCUCAUGCCCUGUAUUUGUAAACACAUCAACAAAAAAAAUUCCUACAUUCAUAUUCCCCCUAUCCCAACGCUUUUAUUCUGUGACAAAAUCUUGGGAAUUGCAGAGAAACCCGGGGCCGAUUGCUCAAUGAGUGGCCUUGCGUGUAAGUGUCUGUGUGACUGUCUCUCUGUCUGUGUGCGCAUGUAUCCAUGCCUUUUUGUUUUACCUGAAUGUCCCUGUAUUAGGCAGAUAGUGGGAAUAAUUCCAGUGCUGGACCUUCACCUGUCAUGUUGCUUCUUUCACGCUGUGGUGGUUUCAAGAGUGAGUCAGCGAUGCAGUUUCCACAAUAAGGACCUUGUUCAAAAAGCACUUUUCUGAGCACUUUGAAGGCACAUUUUAAAUUGGAGCUGCCAUGACAUGACAGCAAGCAUUCACUUUAUUGUCAGUGCAACCUACUCUCCUUCUCUCUCUGGAAGCACACCACUGACAUCUAGAGGAAGAAAUGGGGAUUGUAGCCAUUGCCUCACUACCACCACCACUGCAUGGGCGUAGCACCAUUUUCCUACUGUGGUUUUUGUAGCAUCAGAUUCUCUUAUAUGGGCAAUCGUUAAGGUCGUUGAUCACUGCAUGUCUGAAUUAAGAGCUCAUUUGUUGUAAUGGUUUAAAUAAAUAACAGCAGUUUUGAUGAUAUCAAGUUACGCUCUCUAGCCAGAUUGCAGCCAAUUACACAUGCAGUGAAUAAAAUUCCCUCACUGUCUUUGUUUUAGUUCACCAAAGCACUCUGCGCCUUUUGUAAAGAAGUGCAUGCCAAUUCCCAAACGUGAAAGGAAAGGAAGAGACAAUGUAGCAUUAUGGGCCAGAAAGUAAGAGCUGGAAGUGAGGCUAAAGGUUUGACAGGUGGGAGGGGAGGCUUUUUAUUGUUGAAAAUAAAUGGUAACCACUACUCCUGGCCCCAGCACGCUGUCCUCUUAGGGCACAGCCAGCAUAGCACCUCUGGAAAGGAGACUCACACCUGCUCUUUGCAGACCCACAUUUUUUUUUGUUGAGUGUAACCACUACUAGACUCUCCCGUCUCUCACUGUCAUGCCACUACACCCCCUAGUCAUUCCCAGUCCAAGGGAGACAGUUGGGUCUGGGAGAGACCGAACAGACAGUCCAUUCAUCCGUCUGCACGACUGGAGCGGAGCAUCACAGAAUUCCUGGGCCCAGCCUGCUGUUACCUUAGAAACCAGCGAGAUGGGUCUCGAGUACAAUUACUGAGCCCUGAUCGAAGCUGAUUUCAAUGGUGUGUGUGUUUGUGCACGCAUGAGUGUUUCCGUGAGCUUGAGAAAGUGUGAGCGCAUGGGAACUUGUGCGUGUUAAUGUUAAGCAGAUGCUCACCAAGGUCACUUAUUCAGUUUGACAGUGAAUUGCAUCUCUGCAUGUCCCCACACUGUCAUCUCUGCCCGACAGGAAAAAAAAAAACUUUUACCAAACACUGAACUCUUAAAGGAGCUUUUAUAAGUCUACACUACCUAUUUACCUAGUGUGUGGGUGUGUGAUUGUGUGUGUGAUUAGAGGAAUUAAAAGUGUGUGUUUGGGUGGGUGGGUUUGAGCUAACAUGUUAUCAAGCUGUGCCUGGCUGAUGGCCAGACACCAUCGUGAUCCAAAUAAACGUGAAGGAGAGGAAUGCAGUUCUCCUUGCGGUCAUUACCCCGCUGUGUAACCCUGUUAGCUCGUCCAGAUUACACACACUGAUCCUCAGAAAAAGUGUGAGAGAGAUGGGGUGGGGGGAAAGGUUGGGGAGAGUGAGUGAGAGGGAGGGAAGAUAGACAGGGAACGUGUGAAUGGGAUCAUUAUUUGGGAGACCGAGGGAGGAAGGAGGGGUGACCACUGGUACUUGUGUGUGAACGCCGGCCAGUGGCGUUCCCUGUGUAUAUCAAUGUGUUAAUACUGAACUGACUGUGAGGCAGCCAAAGACUGUGGAAAAAGGGUAGAGGGAGAGAUGGGAAGCAAAGUGACAAUUUAGAAGAACAAUUGAAUUAAAAAUGUGACUUUGGUUCAGCGAUAUAUGUGGCUGCAUUGCUUUCUUCUUUUUGUUUUUCUUGUUUUUUGCAACAAUGGUGACAGAUGUCUGUUAAGUUAAAAUGAGAAACAAGCAAAACUAUAUUCAAAUGGUUGUUUAUUGGUAUGUUAGGGGGUCUAACAUGUUGCCCUUUAGUCAGUGGUGAUAGAAAAAAAAGUUUCUUUUUAUGUUUUAUUUUAAUAAUUAAAAAAUACAAAGCGUUUUUUUUUAACAAUUUCUUUGUGAACGAUUGAGAGACCAGCCCAGUAUAGUGCAUGAUUUCUUCCCAACAAAGGAAGAGGGCUCCACCACUCUCACUAUUUAAGAGAUGAUAAAAAAUAUUAAGAAAUAAUGGGGGGGAAAUAAAAUAAUAAAAAAUAAAUAAAUGAAGUACUGUAAAGUGAAAAGAUAACAUCAAACAAAAAAACUGUCAUUAUUUGCUGAGUAUGGUAAUUUGUCUCGAUGGGAAUGGUGUAUACAGCAAGGCCUUAUGUGAUCUGUAUCAUAGUUAAUAAAUCAAAUCUUGUUAAA